GCGGGCCACAUCGAUUUCCGUCGGAAAUGGCGCACCCUGCAAAACGGUCAAGGUAUGAUGUUCUUGCCGCAGCUACCGCUCAGUUCUACAACACUACAGGGACAGUACCGGGAAGCCUUCACCUGGCAACUGAUAUCUCCUAUCUAGUUACUAAUCAACCGAGUUGCACUAUUGUCGUUGCAGACAUCCCGGAAGGUUGUACAGAAAGGGAUUUGAUUGGUCUUUUCAGCAGAUACGGGCAGAUUAAAAAUGCCAAGCUGGUAUGCAGUGGUCGAGCUGCUCUUGUUGAGUUUUGUGAAAUUUCUCCUCCCACUAGACUUGUCCACAUGGCGAAAAUCAACCCUUUUUGUGUCGGUCCGAAUCGCGUUAGGCUGGAAUUUUCUUCCGAAACAAUUACUCCUGUAAUUGACCGCAAACAUCAAUCACAGUCUUCAGCCUUGGACAACAAUGCCCCUACACGCAUUCUUCAUUUAGAUAUUUCAAAUGCUGAAUACCCAAUAACUGUCGAUGUAAUAAAGGCAAUCUGUUCUCCUCAUGGGAAUAUCCUAAGAACCUUUAUUGGGAAAAAGAAUGUUGACCGUUCAUUAGAAGCUCUUGUUGAAUUUGAAAAUGUUGAAGAGGCUAGGGCAGCCAAAGAGCAGCUUGAUGGUGCUGACAUAUAUUCCGGUUGUUGUAAUCUUACGGUUGCAUAUUCCCGUCUUCAACGUGUUCAUGUGACUCAGAACGAUAGUGAGUCCUGGGAUUUCACUGGUCCAAGUGGCAAUUUAGAAGGACCUCUGAACAAUUCUUCCACUCAGCGUACGCUACUUGGCUCAGUAGCUCCGCCUCCCAAUUCAGCCGUAGCUUCUGCAAUCUUACCACCUCCUGCAGCCGCCCCAUUCCCACAUGUGUCUCCGAUGUAUGGCGCACAACCCUACCCUCCCUCCCAAACACCGAUGGGUUACUAUGGAGUGGGUCCACUUAUUCCUCCGGCGUGCGCUGUCCCUGCCGUGACACCGUUUGCCUCUCCAUAUCCAGGUUACUGGCAACCUAAUAUGAUCCCGGCUGCUGGUAUCCAGUCACUCAGGCCACAAGCUUCGACUGGUUUCACACCACCAUCACAAAUCAUAAUACUUCCAACCCCUCCUUCAGUUCAUCAAGUAAAUGCUAGCGGAAUUGGGAUUGGUCAUUCAACAUCAAACCUAUCUGUAUCAACUCCGGCUGCUCGUCAAUCGGACUUGUCAGUUUUUGAAGCUAUUGAAGGUGUAGUUUUAAUGGCCAGCAAUAUACCACAGCGCAUGAAUUGUGAUCAUCUGUUCAAUUUAAUUUGUCUGUAUGGUAAUGUUGCACGGAUUAAGUUCCUGAAGACACGCCCUGGCUAUGCAAUGGUUCAAGUCGGAAACCCAGAAACAGGUGACCUCAUACAUCGAUACUUCAGUGGAGUGUGUGUGUUUGAGCAAGUUAUUCAGUUUCAUCACAGCAAGGUGACGGAGCUUAAGGAACAUGAAAAUCUGGGGACAUUGGCUGAUGGGUCACCAGUUAUGAAAAAUUACAUGACGGACCCCAACAACCGCUUCCGAAACUCAAUGGUGGCUGCCAAAAGUAGAAUUCUUGAACCUUCUCGCACACUUCAUUUCUUCAAUGCCCCCCUUAAUUUUAGUCCAGAUGACAUUUGCCGAGUGUUCUCAGAUUGUGGUGCCACACCUCCACCCCGUGUUGUAAUAUUCACUUCUAAAGCAGGUCAAAAAACUUCUCUUGGAUUGGUAGAAUGGGAUACGUUGACUGAGGCUCUUGAGGCCCUCAUUUUGGCAAAUCACCGGCCAGUUCACUUAUCUGGAUACGCUCAUCCUUUUCAUCUAAAAAUUGCCUUUAGUCCGAAACCUAUAUCAGAUGACAGAGCUGGCAUUUCGCUGAUACGUUAUCCUGCACCUCCUUUGAUGCCCGGACACCAUGGAUCGUUGGCGAUAAAUGGUCAGCGAAAUGACAAGGCUCCUGGUGGCGGUUCUAAUGGGGAACAAGAGGAUGAAUUAGAUAUUCUGUCGAAAAUGGAGAAAGCCGAAGGUUGUGCAAAGCCUAAAUCAAAGGGUGACUCAGCGGAUGCUAAAUCUGAUUCAACUAAAUUUCCAGAAGAUGAAUCCAAUGGUGCACCAAAUUCGUCGGGAGUGACCGGAAACGAAACUUAGACGUGCGAUAGCGAACUGAUAUAUUUCAGUAUAUUUAACACCCGCGUUUCAUUAUGCUUAGCUUAUUAAUGGCCACUUGCAAAUGAGUAUGUCGUUAUUCUGUGUUUUUUUCAUGCGUAUAUAUGUCAUGUAGAUGAUUAUCUCAUCAUGGUCACAACUAUCAUGUUUAUUAUGUUUGUAAUAGAUCCUAAUAUUUUUAUGUGGCAGUAGCCUUACAUAUUUUAUAAAGUUAAAUAAUAAAUAAUUUGUUCGUUUUGCUCUUUCCACUGCUUAGCAUAUGGUAUAUUUAUGUUGCAUUUCUAUUUGAGGAAUCAGGUCCCAUUAAGUUGUAUUGAUGGUAUCAUGUCUCCCGAUCAUUAAAUUCAUUAAUCCAUUCAUGUCUAAUUAUGAAGUCAACCACUUUAAAGCUUUACUUUUUAUGUGCUUAUAUAAUCACUCAUGUUUAUUUUAGUCAUUGUUUUAUUGGCAUAAAACAUAUCCUAAAUGAAAUAUUAAUUUGUUCUACGAAACCCUAAGACAUUUUACUAUAUAAAACAAAUGUUUUGAUAUAUAUAUAUACAUAUAUAUUAUGUGCCUUUAUUUAUUUUAUGUCUGGUUAGGCUAGUUAGGCUCAUGAUUUGUGCAAUAUUAUAGGUUGUUAUUAUUAUGCCGUUUAUGUAGACCCUCGUUUGUAGUUGAUUUGGUUAAUUUCAUCGUAUGUCCCCCCCCAGAUAAUAUAAAGGGUUGCAUUGUGAUUACCCACAUUACUUUGGCGAUACUAUAAACAUAAUUCAAUUAUUGCGUUCUAUGGUUGCCAGUUUCAGAAUCUCAUGGUAAAUGACAUUUGAAAACUGAUAUUUAUCUCCUUGUUGUAAUUUCUUUUAUUGUGAAAUAUUUCUGAUUUAGAUCAAAAAGAAAUUCAAGUAAUAAAUUAUUCCUUACUUGCAAUUACAAAUAAAUGGAUUCGGGUGGUUAAUCUUAAGUAUGAAAUCCGUUUCAAGUGCAAUCUCCGAGUAGUUUAAUGCCAUUAUAUGUGGAAUGAUUAACACGUGGUGGGGUUGUUACGCGUACAAGAAUGUAUUGUUAUUUCUCGUAUUCAUCAAUUAUGAGACCUGUGACAUCCGUUACUUAGAAAACGCAGCAACAUGAUGGAAUGCUUUCUUCGUAUGUGAGAAUUCACCACGUCGUGGUAGUGUGCCCGGAAUUUCUGGUGUUGAUAGUGAUUAUAAAACGUUCUGAGCGCACAAGUAAGGUUAAUCUAUGUAUACUAGAAGCCAGAGCGACUUGUACUAAUCUGGGGUUAUCUGUGGUGUCGUCGUGCUAUUAUUCCAGCUGUAAAAUCUAUUUCCAUUCAUAAGGACGCGAGCAAGAGGGAGACCAUCAGAAAUACCCAUAUUAAUUAAGGGGAGCAACAAAAGGAGAGGGGUGUGGAAUUUUGUCAGUUUGCCGUUUUUCAUUUUGGAUAUCAAAUGUAGCCGUAAAAUUCCGAGUAAACAGCACGUCAAUAAAAGGUAUUGUGCUACCUGUUUAAGAAAACUGCCAUCCGAGAUCAGAAUGUCGAGUGACUAUGGUUAAUCAUCUGUCUGCGAAAGGUUGUUCACACUUAAUAGUAACUGCGUCUGCUUAGUGUUCAGACACUGGAUAAUCCAAUUAAUGUCACAAUCUUGAAACACUGGAUUCUGGGCUUAAUACAUGUCAAUCGAUCCUAUCAGAAAUAUUUCUGAUGAAAAUUAAAAGUAUUAGUUUGUUAAUUCAGCUUUUAUCUACACUAAUAUAUGGUACUUUGCCCGUUUGUUUAAGAAGAACAAUUACGUAAGAAAAAAAGUCUACCUGAGUAACUGGCGUUUUUUCCCUUUCUCAACGUAUUUAACACAAGUACUGUGUUAACACAAUAUAAGUUGACCUGACAAUGUGAUGCGCUGGUAGCCAGAUUUAUUCAUGGGAUUUCUACUGGUACGCAGUAGAAAUAUCGAGUGCUAUCCGAAGCAGACUAAUGCCCAAAUUAACCAUGUAUCAGUUUGAAAUAAUUUUAGGUUACUAUGGCCAUGAAACUCUUCAGUAGGCUUCGAUUAUCGUAAGCAAUCGUUCGUUUUACGGUCAGCCGCUGAAAGAUGCGAUAAUAUGAAAUAAAGUAUCGAUAUAGGUAACAUAUUUAAGCAUGGGGAAAAUGCUCCGUGAUAAAAGCCUAUGGUAAAUCAGUGUCGAGUUUCGUGUAGUCCAGUUUUUGAGUAGUGACACUGCCACCAGUUAGUAGUAGGCAAAGUUCAGUCAGCAACAACUCAGAACCUCGUGCGUGCGCACAUCGUCUAUGUUAUUUGUAUUUUGAUAGAGUUUUCUCUGAACUGGAUUGUUUGGUCGUGGAGCUUUCAUCGUUCUUCUGAACGACAUCAUCAGCACAAACUUCAGAUAGAAGUGAAGCGUUCGAAUUUUUCCAUAUGUGUUUCACAGCUUGUCCUGUACACCUCGAUGUUGAUUGGUUCUUGUUGACCUUAAAUUUGUCAUUGUUUACUUCUUUAUUUUGGUUUUUGUCCCUAUAUUCGUGCAUAAUUUUCAUGAUUGGUUGAUAAAUUGGAUCGAUUUCAAUGUACUUGUUGAUUGCUGAUUGACCUGAGUGCCAGGCUUGUAAAAAUUAUCUGGUGUUUUUGGAAUUUCCUCUAUCCAAGAUUUCCACAUUUUUCCAGUCAAAUUAGUGUCUGCAGUUGUCCAUGUGUAUUGAUAUAAUCAAGAAAAUGUCGUGGCGUUUGACUGCCAAUCGACGUUCAUGUAGGCGUAGGUGGAGGGGCGUCCGCUUUGUCCGAUGUAAUGUUUUUCGCAGUUGGCACAAUUUAUUUUGUAGAUGAUGUUUGAUUUGUCUUCUUUUGUCAUUUCAUCCUUUGGUUAGCAUCCUAUGCACCGUCCCAAUUUUAGCAUGAUUGUGAAAAGUAGGAUUCACAAUACGUCGGCGAGAGUAAUUUUGUUCUGUGCUGGUGAUGCUUGGUGACUUUUCAAUCAUCGCCAAAGUACUGCUGCUAUCCAGUGGCCGAAGUUCGACCAUGUGUGUUUGGGGAAUUGGUGAUAAUCUGAUUGACCUCACGAUUUUUGAAACACCGGUUUCGGUGGCCUAGGUAUGGUUUACGGACUUCAACCCAGCGGCUUCGACUUUAUGCAUUAUUUUUCCUGCGGAACUUGUUUGUUCAAUAAUAGUUUAUUGAAUACUAAUUUUCUCAUUCAUCCCAUGCGGUUGGUCAUAUGUAGCUGUUUAAAAAAUUUCGCUAUGUAUUGUGACUUACAAGUAUUCUAAUGGAUGGCAAAUGCAGUUGUUACGUAACUUCGUACCUCUACCAAGUGAGUGGUUUCUGCUAAAUCAUCAACAUUAUGUUAAUUACCAAUGAUCACAUGGAGGUAUACGUCCAGCAAUUCGGCUGAAUGACUUCCAGCGUGUGGGAUCAAAUAGUCUUAGUAAUUGUUCACUAAAAAGCUGAAAGGUAGGGGUUUCAUACGAUUUUCCCUGAUUAUGAAUGGGAAAAAUAGGAAAAAAGACCGUAGCAGAAUAAUAUCAAUUCAGUUAUUCCUUAAAUCUCCCUCAGCUGCUUACAACCUUGAGACCAUUUUGUUAAUUACUGGAAAAAUGAGUAGCCCGUUGUUCUCCCAUUAUUCAAAUCUAUACAUGGAAGGAUUGUAUGAAAUUCUCAAAGAAACGUCUUCCCGUUGUUAAUGUUUCUGAAUGCAUGAUUCAUAUUUCAGGUAAUUUCUGCAGGGUGGUUACAUUUUUGGUUUAGUCCUUAGGUUUGGCCACCAUACGACCAACUCCGUUAAAUAAGUUAUUAAUCUAGAUAACUAGUCUUAUAGAAAUUACUGUAGUGUCUUGAGCAGAUUAAAUUAUUCAAUUUUUCGCACUAUUGACAAUUGAGUCAAAUUCAUCAUGAUCUAAUUUAUUUAGUCCAUCUAAUUCAUUGUGAUACAGAUUUGUGGCUUAGAUAAAUGGGUUAGACGGUAUUAUGAUCCCUAGAUGUUUCAAUCGCUUAAUGCUCAUUGUAGUUUUGGACAUCAUCAGUUGCUUAUCUGAUUUCUACACUUUCAAAUAAAGAAACAACCGGAAUUGUAACAGGACAACGUGUUGUGGAUCCUCCUCAACUACUUACAACCUAAAAACAUUGAUAAAAAUCAUUCGAAAAAACACAUCUAUGUACAUUAUAUCAGUAAAGGAUUGAAUAAAACUAAGUUUGACAUGUAGAUGUAGGAUAAUAUAAUAUAAUAAUUAUGAUGAAGAAUCUGUUGAAAUCCUGGUUUAUUUCUAGGGUAAAUACAUGAAUAUUCUAGGAACAAAGAUUGAAAAGAGAAUUUCUAUCGAAAUCAUCAUGUAGUAAACUACUUAAUAAUUAAUUAGAGAAUAUGGAUUAGUUGAGUAAAACUGUUAUAAUUUGUGGCCGCAGAUUAGAGAUCAGUGAAUUAUCGACCGGACCAAGGACGCAUAAAACACGCGCGAGCAGUCUAGAGUCCUUAUCAGUCCUGCCUAGCCCAGUCAGUUUAGUCCAGAACACAAAUCUAAGCCUUUGUGAUAUGAAUCAUUUAUUUCAAAUUUACGGGGUUUAUAUACCAACCAAACAGUACACAUCGUACCAAUAAUAUAGGAAACAACAGUUGUGGCUGUGAAUGAGUGAGGUAGUAAUUGAUUGACAGGGCAUAAUUCAAGAAUGGUAAGUGGUGUAUUAAUAGUUCAUAGGUCAAAAUAAAGCUCAUACUAAGAGGGAUAUGAAUAGUUUAGUUAUUUAGCAAUUAUACGAUAGAAAUAUAUGUAUAGUACUGGUCCAUAAUGGAUCCCAACAGUUACCAUUCAUUAUGCUUAUUGGAGCCUAACAAGCUCAGAAGUAAGAAAUUCGCAUUUAUAAUUAAGGUCAUGGGAAAGAACUUAUGUAACAUUCUUUUGGAAAUAAGGUCACUUGGUAUAAAAACGAUUGAUAAUUAUCUUCUAGAUAUAGAAACUUGGUUGGAAUCUAUUUAUAUAGUAACCACUUCUGUAGUGGAUAAUAAAUGUGAUAUAUUUUUUGUUGGUCGAUUACUUAGAAGGAUUCUGAAACAUCAACAUUAUGUCCAUCGUAAAGCAAUUGUACUAAUGUGCAAUUUUGUUGAUUUAAUCGCAACUUUUGUGGAAUGUGUUCGGAGUUUCGGAUAUAAAACUUACCUUCUGUUCUGAUGUUUGUGCUAUAGUAAAUGUGCGUAAAUUAGUGGAGACAAGAUAACGUGUGAAUGCUUACAGUUCGAUUGUUUCAGUUAGCGUUUUGUGUGUUAUAGAAGGACCGUCUCGGAGGCUGGAUACGCCCUUUUCAUUAUUGCCAUUAAUCUAAAAUCAAUUAAUCUUCCCUGUUAUUUUGUCACACUUGAAGUCAAGUUAUAGGAAGACAGGAUUUUCCUCAAUAGUAGUAUAUUUCAUUCCCUUUAUUCUAGUCGUUUGAUGCUUAGUCAUGGAUUUUUGUGGAUAACCUUAAUCACUCAAGCAACAUUCGACUAUGGUUAAUCCCUCAAUUCCAUCCUCAGAAGAUGCUAUUCCAUUAAUUACUGAAGCUAUGAUGCUUCAAGUAUAGCCCACUUUACAUGUCUCUUCAAUAAGUACGCCUUUACAAAUGACCACUCCGAUUACUGGUAGUAUUGAAAUCUAAAAAACGAAACACUUCAUAUUCCAUCAUAAAUGCAAUGUACAGACAGUGACGUAUCCAGCUCACACAGACUUUCGCGUUUUACCAGAAAAUAUGUCAGAUGUAUCAAAUGAUGGUCAGAAAUCUAAUACAAUUUUGAUAGAUGCUAAUUACCUUGAUGAUCGAUUAUCUACAAAUGAAAUUCCCAAUAAAUUUGGUCACAAUAUUUCAGAAGAAUCAAACUUCGAUGACCUCAUGGCAAGCAUCGUUCAACCUCCCCACUCAGUCACUUUCAGUCGGUUCUCUGCUCAGUGUGACAAACAUGUCUUAAAUAAAUUCAAAUUAAUUGUAACUUGAGCAUAUGAGGAUCCAACACUGUUUCGUGGGGGAGGAUGAAUUCGGAAAAAUUAAAAUUCGGAUUUUCAACAAAGGAGAACUGAUAUGACGGAAAGAAAAGUCAAUUUUCGAUUGAUUUACUCAUUAUGAGUCUUAUUCAACAUUCAACAUCCGUUCUAAUUCAAUGUAAUGUUUACUCAUUGAAGUAUUCGUUUUUGUUUCCCCGUAUGAUAUUUUAUUCUGUAUAAUAUGCGAGAUAUUCUUGUAUUCCAUUGACAUGAACUAUGCUCAAUAUGUGAUUUAUUAUAACUCUAAGUAUUUUCAUAUAUGUGAUUUCAAAAUGGGUGUACAAUCAAUAUAUAAAUGAGUGUAUUUUCUACUAGAGUUGUCGUCGUCGUGUUUUGGAGUUAAUAAAUCAUCAUUUAUACCAGUCUUUUUGUUCUUACUUUCGUAUCGUGGGAACAUAACAGCUCUAUCGAAAAGAUCCAAUGCACGAGAAACAUGUUAAUAAUAAUUACAUGCAACACAUAUAUCAUUAAUAUUCCUGACAUUCAACGUUAUCAUUAGUUGCUAAUUUUAUUAUAGAUCUAGAUUACCCAGAAUUGAACCAAAACGACUAUCCAUAACCAUUUCACCAAUUUGAGCUGCGAAUUUCUAUCACAAUAACUUUUAGAUGGACUGGUAAAUUGGAUCACCUCAAGCUUUGAUCUAGAGGUCUAAUCUACAAGGCAGUGAAGCAAAAUUAGGCAAUGCAAUCCCAUGGUAUCCGGUUAUCAACAGUUGGUUCAUACGUCAUUUGUUCGUUCAGAAUCCUGGAACCCAUGUGACCAUUGGUUUGGAAUCAGGGUUUUCCAACUCUCCUAGGUAGAUUCUCUGAAUCCACCGACCCGGUUAAAUCGAUGAAUGUUCACUCUUCGUUCUCUCAUUUUUGUAAACAACAGUAAUGCCCCGAGAAGGCAUUGAGUAGGACUUCCCUGGUAGUGGUUGUAUAGGCGAGGCCAUUUGGGAGCAUUUCGAGAGGGAGAGCUAACUCUCCACACUCUUGGUCGUACCAGGGAAUUUUGGGGUUGGGUCAUGAUGGGUUUGACUCACUUGUCAAUAGUACGAAGAACUGAAUAAUCUGCACUCCAAAAAUUGAUUUGUUCAAGACAAUACAUUAUUGUAUAGUUCGUGUUCUCUUGAUCGAUGGUGUAAUUAUGUGCCAGUGGAAUAAUUUUGAUAAGACUAGUUAUCCAGACUAAUAACUUAUUUAACGGAGUUGGUCGUAUGGUGGCCAAACCUAAGGAUUAAAUCAGAAUUAUCAAAUAAUAAUGGCUAACGUUCUUCGUUUUGCCUUCUAAAAUCCCGACGAUUUAUACACAAUUAGUUAUUUACUGACUAGAUCUAGAGAUUAAAUGAUGUCGUUGACGAUUGAACCUAAAUUAAGAGAAAAACAGGGUAUAGAUUUAUUUUGCCGUCAUUAAUAAAAAACAAUUAGUAUGAGUGAAACAGACUGAUUUCACAGAUUUAUUUUACACCAAUAACUAGUCAGAACUGAUUGACGUUUGGUUGAAUGUAGCUCAUUGCUGAUUAAUUAGCUGAGUUACCUUAUGAAGAUUAUGAAGCAUUUUUAAUCCCUCUCCUAACACAAUCCAUUAUCAGUUUAGGGGUUGUGGAGAUUGUUAAGUUUUGAUUGAGAUCAUGAACCGAUUGAUGUUAGACGACCACUGAAAACCUGGAAGCACUGAACGACCGUUUUGUCCUAUUGUGGGGCUUCUCCACAGUGCACAUCCACAACCCGGCCUAGCGGGGUCUGAACCCAAGGCCUUCAGUCUCGCUUUCGAACGCUUAACCUCUUGACCACUGAGUGGGCAUCCAAUUGUGUUAAUGUCUAACCUCAACCAAUCCAUUAGACACUAACACCACUGGAUGCCGGCUCAGCGGUCCACUAUGUUGGGCGUUUGCGAGCGAGUCCGAAGGCCCUGGGUCCGAAUCUCACGAGUGGGGCCUUGGAUGGGCACUGAUAAAGAGUCCCAAAAUAGGAAGAAACGGCCGUCCAGAGCUUCUAGGUUUUCAGUGCUGGUCUAACAUCAAUCGGUUCAUGAUCUCGAUCAAAUAAAACAAUCCAUUAUGUAGGUUUAGAAUUCUGAACUAGUUUUUCUCAUUCUGUGACACUUCUUAUAUAAAUUUAUUAUUGGAAUCGGUUUCUAAUAACUCUUUGAAAAAUGAGUCACAGGAUAUAUAUAUAUAUAUAUAUAUAUAUAUAUAU